AUCUAAUUUCUUAUAUAUACAUUAUACAGUAUUCACGUGUACAUAACCAUUACAUCCAUCACUUUUUGAAGUUUUCAUUUCGAUUCUAUUAUCAAAGAUGUCUAAAACCACCGUUAUUGCUAUUUUCAUGAUCGUCCUCGUUCUAGGGCUGGUGACAAAGGAGACGCAAGGACAAGAAUUGUGUCAUGACUAUAUGUUAGGAGCAGAACCAUGUGAAGAAGACAAGUGUGUCGCUAAGUGUAUUUGGAGGCAUGGCACAGGUGGAAAAGGCUCGUGUAUGCCAAAGCCAAGCAAGCAAUGCCUCUGUACUUAUAGUUGCAGUGUUUGAUUUUUAUUGUUCUCUCUAUAAACUAUUCUCAAUUCUUAUAAUAAAAUAAUAUAUCUUAAUUUUAA